AUGUCGAAAACCGUCGUGAUCCUCGGAGGGUCUAUCGGCGGCCUCCACGUUGCCCACGCGCUUCUCAAGAAGAACAUUAAGGAUACCAAGGUCAUCCUCGUCUCCAAGAACUCGCACUUCUACUGGAACCUGGCCUCCGUCCGCGCCAUCAUCCCGGGCCAGAUCAAGGACGAGCAGCUUUUCCAGCCACUCCAAGCCGCACUGUCUCGGUACCCCACCGAGUCCUGGGAACUCGUGAUCGGCAGCGCAUCCGCGGCGGACUUCGAUGCGAAGACAGUCGAGAUCACACUCCCCGACGGCACAACCCGCACUCUGCCCUACCACCAGCUUGUGCUCGCCACCGGCGCGCGGUCCCCCUCGCCCGACACGCCCUGGAAAGCCCCAGGCACCUACGAGCAGACCCUCGCCAGCCUGCACGACACGGCCGCGCGGGUGGCCAGCGCCCAGCACAUCAUCGUGGGCGGCGCCGGCAGCACGGGCAUCGAAGUGGCGGGCGAGCUGGGCUACGAGUACGGCAAGACCAAGGAGAUCGUCCUGCUCUGCUCGGGCGACAAGGUCGCGGGCGGGAGCGCCCUCGCUGACGCGGCCGCCAACGAGCUGAAGAAGCUCAACGUCACCAUCAAGUACGGCGCACACGUGGCGGAGGCACGUCCGGCGGCGGCGGCGGGUGAGGGCCAGGCUAGCAAGACCGAGGUGGUCCUGGCCAGCGGCGAGACGCUGACCACGGACCUGUACCUGCCCACGACGGGCCUGAUCCCCAACACCGAAUACAUCCCCGCACAGUACCUCGUCGACGGCGCGGUCGUCCGCCCCGUGCAGGUCGACGAGUACCUGCGGGUCCCGGGGACGCAGGAGGUGUGGGCGUGCGGCGACAUCGUGAGCAAGCCGCGCGCGGGCUUCUUCUACACCCAGAAGCAGGCCGUCAGCGUGGCCAAGAAUGUGGAGGCCGCGCUGGCCGGGCUGAAGCCCGCGGUCGCGAAGGGUCCCCCCGUCGAUGUCUUUGCCUGCGCGGUCGGCCGCGACAGGGGCGUCGGCCGGAUCAAUAACUCAAUCAAGAUGCCGAGCUUCGCGGUCUGGGCGGCCAAGGGGCGCACGCUGGCGCUGCCGAUGGUCAAGACCUAUAUUGAUGGGAGUGUUGCUUAA